UGUACAAUGUACGUACGUACACUUCCGGACUACCAUUGUGUGGGGAAAGCGUCGCUUUUUAUUCAAUUCAAUUUAAUGUUUUCCUUUUUCCUCUAUUUACAAACAUGUCAGCUGUUGGUCUAGUGUAACAUUGAUGUUCGAGGGUCGGUCGGGCCGUGUGGAAGUGAAGAAACAACAGAGAACACUAUUGCAUGAUCAAUGGAACGGAUGGUUUUUCUACGAGCCAAUUUGGCCUGGUACGGUGAGAUUUAUGGGUGCAUUUAGCUGUCUGCUAAAAUGAGUCAAGACUGCGAAGUAGACAACACAGUGUACAGAGUGCGUGUGCAUCCGGGCUCGGUGUGCCCUGAGCGGGGCUGGGUCUCCAUCGAGGCCACCAAGCAGACUACCACCGCCGAGGCCCUCCGGCUGGUCCUGGCCAAGCUGAACCUGACCAACAACCACCAGGAGCGCUACAACUUGGCCGAGGUCUGCGAGGAGUCUGGCCAGAGCUGUAAGGAACGGCAGCUGGAUCCGGAGGAAUACCCGGUCAAACUGCAGCUUCUCUGGCCCAAGGUCCUCUCAGACGACGAAUCGGAGGCUCCCUACUACUACACCAACUACCGCUUCUUCUUGCGCAGCAUGCACGACACUCUGUCCAGCCGGGUCUCCAAUGCCUCGGACUACCAAACCAUCGACUCCUUUGUCAGUAACUUCUUCCCGCAUCCCUCCACGGAUAAGGAGUACCAUGACUUGUGCAACCUCCCGGACCUUAACGAGAAGACUCUACUGGGCAACUUGGCCACUCGCUUCCGCCAGGGCAAAAUCUACACUUAUGUGGGAUCCAUACUCAUAGCCGUCAAUCCUUUCAAGUUCUUCCCCAUCUAUAAUCCAAAGUAUGUCAAUCUCUACCAGAACCACAGUCUUGGGGAGCUGCCCCCGCACAUCUUUGCCAUCGCCGAUUCGGCGUUCCACACCAUGUUGGAGGACAAACGCAACCAGUGUAUUGUCAUUUCGGGAGAAAGCGGAUCGGGAAAAACAGAGAGUACCAACUUAUUGAUACAUCACCUGACUGCGUUGAGUCGGAAAGGGCAUGCCAGUGGGGUGGAGCAGACACUGUUAGGUGCAGGACCAGUACUGGAGGCUUUUGGCAAUGCCAAGACAGUCGUGAACAACAACAGCAGCCGCUUCGGCAAGUUCAUCCAAAUUAACUAUCGGGAGAAUGGAACAGUUCAUGGUGCCAUCGUGGAGCAGUACUUACUAGAGAAGUCCCGGAUUGUCUCGCAAGCCCCCAACGAGCGCAACUACCAUGUAUUCUACUACCUACUGCAAGGCGCAGAGGAUGUCGAGCGGGAGAGUCUAUGGUUGGAGAAACCGCAGGAUUACUUCUACUUAAAUCAAAGUAACUGUUUUACCCUGGAGGGGGUCGACGAGAAGUAUGAGUACACCAGGCUCAAGCAGUCCAUGGAGAUGGUCGGCUUCUCCCGGGAGACUAUGAAAAGAAUCUUUUCGGUUCUAUCGGCCGUCCUGCACAUUGGCAACAUCACAUUCCGCAAGCGCAACGAGCACGAGGAGUACGUGACCGUCAAGAACAUCGCCACGGUCAAGCUGGUCUCGGAUCUCCUGAAGGUCAAGCAGGAAACGCUGGUGUCGGUGCUGACCAAACGGAAGUCCAUGGCUAGCGGGGACCAAUUUGUAGUGCAAUACAGGAUGUCUGAGGCUUUGGCAACAAGGGAUGCCCUGGCCAAGGGUUUGUACAGCGGCCUGUUUGAAUGGAUUGUACUUCAGGUCAAUCACGCUCUACUGUCCCGCUAUGAGAAGACUGGUGAACAUCAGGGCAACUCCAUCGGUGUGCUAGACAUUUUCGGCUUUGAAGAUUUUGUCCUGAACAGCUUUGAGCAGUUCUGCAUCAACUACGCUAAUGAGCAUCUCCAGUAUUAUUUCAACCAACACGUCUUCAAAAUAGAACAGGAGGAAUACAGAAGAGAAGGCAUCAUAUGGAAGAACAUAGAGUUCAUUGACAACACCGGCUGCUUGUUACUGAUUGAGAAGAGACCAACAGGUCUACUGCACAUACUCAAUGAUGAUUGCAAUUUUCCAGCCAAAGACACAAACGGGGAGAAUCUCCUACAGAAGUUCACCUCUCAUCACAAAAACAACGGCUACUUCCAGAAUGUGCAGCUAGAGCAGGCUUCCUUUAUCAUCGUGCACUAUGCUGGCAAGGUCAACUACAAAGUCAAGGACUUCCGAGAGAAGAACACGGAUCUGAUGAGACCAGAGAUCACGUCAGUGCUCAAGAACAGCAACCUGGCGUUUGUCAGGGAGUUGGUUGGUAUCGACCCGCUGGCUGUCUUCCGAUGGGCCAUCGUCAGGGCCUUCUUCCGCGGCGUCAGUGCCUUCUUGGCUGCCGGCAAGAGAUACAAAGCAGGAGGAGGUGAAAAGUCCAAGAAGCCCAAGAGUCCAGAAGCUCUAACCAUCACCAUACCAGCCAGAGACGAAGAGAUGUUUAGAAAAAUAUAUUCAGCCGCUAAAACCUACCGCCUCAUGCGCCAGAUAAAACGCCAUAACCGUCGUGCUGUGCAUGGACGGAAGCAUUCACAUCACAAAAACACUUCCCAAAAAAAUGGUGCCGCCCAGCCCUCCAUUGAAGACCAGUUGUCCCCCUUACCCGGGGAUGAGGAGAGGGCCCUCAUGAGCCCGGAUAAGCACAGUCUGAGCACGCUCAAACCCAGCCUGCUAAACGACGACUCGUACUGGAAAGCCGCCCGAGUUAUGAAGAAAAACAAGUCAUUCAGGGGAGCUCAGGCAGCACCGGCAAAGGGUUUAAGAGACUUGAAAUCCAUGAAGAAGCUGAUGAGUAGAAAGAUGGUGGGCUUUCGUCGCUCCUCGACCAAAAAGCUACCACCGACUGUCAGUGCCCAGUUCCAGUUAUCCCUGAGCAAAUUAAUGGAGACAUUGAACCAGGCCAACCCGUUCUUUGUGCGCUGCAUCAAGUCCAACUCCAACAAGGAGCCUUGUCGUCUUGACGAGGCGCUGAUGAUGAGGCAGCUACACUACACCGGUAUGCUGGAGACUGUGCGGAUCAGGCAGUCGGGAUAUAACGUACGGCUUACAUUUGAGGAGUUCAGCCAUCGUUACCACUUACUGCUCCCCAGCGGCAGGGAUUCAGGUCUCAAAGACAUCGAAGAGUUCUUGAAGAGGAUGGAGUUAGAUCCAAAGCACUAUCAACUCGGAAAAACUAAGGUUUUCCUGCGGGAGAGCGAGCGACUCAAGCUUCAGGAGGCCCUGCACAACCAUGUACUCAAGAGAAUCGUCACCGUGCAGAAAUGGAUGCGUGGCGUCCUCCAACGGCAGAGCUAUCUACAGAUGAAGUAUGCAACUCUAAAACUACAGUCUGGCGUGCGAGGAAUGAUCAGCCGCAAGCAGCUGAGGGCGCUACAGCGAGAGCGGGAGCGGCGGUUGGCAACCAUCUUCAUUCAGAGCUGUUGGCGUGGUUACCGCACGCGGAGGUUGUUGGAGAGACUUCACCGGGGCACACUGUGGCUGCAAUGCUACGCCCGGGGCAACGCUGACAGACAAUUAUUUGAAAGAUUACUGGAUGAGCGGCAGGAGCAGGAACGUCUACUGCUCGAAGAAGAGGAGAGACAACAUCAGCUUCAGCUUCUCCGAGAGAAGGAGGCUGCGGAAGAGUUGCAACUCAAGGAGCAGCUGAGGGCGUCCACGUCCUCUCAGCGAGACGAGGCCCACUCCUCCAUGAGCGACGAGGGGAUACUCACACCGGACGACCUGGAAGAGUUUGACAUGGAGAGGAAACGGACGCGGACCAUGGAGUCUGAAGAGAGCAGUGGUAUCCUGGACGGGUCCGUUGAAUCUGAUGAAUUGCUCCUGGAUGAUGAGGCACCAAUCAAGACAUCUACAGUCAUCAUAACGGACGAGGAUCAACCAGAGACACCACCGAUACUGACAGGGGUAGAACGGUCAGGGUCCAGGGUGAAGGAUCUGGCCUUUGCCUACCAGGAGCACAUGCAACGGAAGCAAGAUCAGCACCAGCGCUGGGAAGACGACUCAGGCCGUGAUUCUCAAGACAUCUUGUACCCGCUGGAGGAAGCUGAGGAUCUUGAAGCUCAAAGGUUAACUGAUGCGGACGGGCAGGUAUCAUCAGUGGAGGUGAAAGAAACCGAGAGCCCUGAAAAGAAGAAGCCUGUUAGUUCUAUUGUCUUACCGACCGAGCCACGUUCCGAUGAGGACCCCUUCGUCAGUCAGACCCCCUCGCCCCGCUCCCCCUUCCCCCCAGCCGACCAAGACACGCUCCCAACCACCGCCCCGGAGUCCCCCCUCCCCAAGGACAGCGCCCUGGCCAAGGCCAAGCGACACUUCAAACGCCGCUUCAUGCGCAAGCAGUCAGAUCCGCAACAGGCGGCGGAGGCACUUGGGCUUCCAUCAGACAAGCCGGGGAAGACGAACCUACAACCGAAAGCCCCCUCUCUCAAGCUGGAUAGGAAGUUCCAGGAAGAGCCGUCCACAGGGCCAGCCCUAGGCACUGCCGCUGGGGGGAAGAAGGUUCGGGGAGGGUCUAGCAACAUGAGCAUCCACGGCAUGUCGCAGUGGAGGUACCCAACCAAUAAACUGGUAUCUGAUGCCAGGGAGUUACAACAGAUGGACACAUUCCUGUAUAACAAGAUCCACGAGAUGAAGAAGAAAGGCGGAAGUGACACGGCCGUGGAUCUUGUCUUCAAGAAAGCCCUGAAUGAGUUCAGAUUCAAUCUGAUCACUACCUACUCUGUAGCGAUGCAGCAGGAGGGCAGCACCACCACCCUGAUGUACAAGGACCUGAUCUCCACCUUUGAGACGUCCCUGGCCAAUCAUGUCAAGACCUCCAACAGCAAGACGCAGUUCCCUAUCACGCUGGGCAUCAACGCCUUCAGGGGAUUCCUGGAUGAGUUCACUCAGCAGUACAAACCGGAAAAGAAGUCCAAAGAGCAGCGUAAGAAGAAAAAAGACAAAGAAAAAGAGGAGGUCUUUGAGUACCUGGGACAUCGGUUUGUGGCCGUCCAGUUCAGCAUCCCAACGGCUUGCGAGGUCUGCUCAGCGUUCCUGUGGCUCAUGGAGAAAGGCCAAGUCUGUCAAGUUUGCAAGUUCACAUGCCACAAGAAGUGCUGUACCAAGACGGGUAACCUGUGUAAGGGCAAGUCCCAGGCCCAUGUAACGGGCAAGGUGAUUGGUGCACGGUUGGAUACCUUGGUAACUGCUGACAGUAAUAUACCAUUGAUCAUUGAGCGUUGCCUGAGCAUCGUUGAGCUGAAUGGUUUAUUCACCGAGGGAAUCUAUCGCAGGCCAGGCCCGGAAGCAAAGGUCAAGGAACUCAAGCACCUCAUCAAUACAGAGCCUGAUUUUGACCAGAUUGAGCUGGACAGCUACAACAUGCUGGUCAUCGCCCAGGUCAUCAAGUCCUUCUUCCGGGAGAUGCCGGAGCCCCUCCUGACCUUUGAACUCUACGAGGAGUUCCUUCGAGCCGUGGAGACCCCCGACAACCGAGAUCGCCUGCUGUCCCUACAGGAUACCAUCAACAAGCUUCCUACUGCCAAUUUUGACCUGUUUGAGAGGCUAAUCUUCCAUCUUGCCAGAGUAUGCCUGUAUGAGAACUACAACAGGAUGUCCCCCAACAGUCUGAGUAUUGUGUAUGCACCCUGCGUGCUGAAGAGCCCCAAGCAGAUGAAUCCAUGGGAGGCCUUGCAAGAUGUCUCCAAACAAGCUCUAUGUCUUGAAGUCAUUAUCAGGGAGAAGUUAGUGAAACUAAAGAGCACCCUGCGUGACAUUGACACGUUGGAGCGUGCCUCCACAUCAGCCUCGCUCAAACUCUCCGAUCUACGCAAGAGGAAGGACACAUUAAGCCAGCAGGACCUACGGAAGAGCAAGCCGGCCCAGGAGGGGGUGGAGCUUACCGAGCAGCAACGGGAGGAGGUUGAAGUUGGUGAGGAUGCCGGCAGGACGACGAUAGAUGGACAGACUGAGUUGGAGGAAGUUCUCAAGCACAGGAUACAGACACUAGAGAAGGAGAGGCAAGACCUGACUGUCAAUUUGGUGACCCUUGACCUUGGUCAGUCGGCCAGCGAGGAUGAGAACUACAGCACGGACGGCCUGGAUCUGGACAGCGGUGAUGAAGUGGAAAGAGAUGACAACCCGGUCUCAUUCGAGAGCCAACCCUCCCCGUCCAAACUCAACCAUCUGAACAAGAACAGAGCACCGAAGCAGGAGAAACGCAAGCCGAAGAAGGGUCACCGAACACCGGGAUCGGAUGGGAUGGGGGAGACAUCCGGCAACUCGCAAAACCCCCCGCCGGUGGCCAAGAAGCAGAAGAGGAGCAGUCGGAAGGGGUCCAAGAAAGAGAAGAAACAAAGGGAAGGGUCUAAGGAGCGGAGGAAGAGGGCAGGAGCAUCUGAGGGUGUGGCCAUCUAAGGGUGUGGUCAUACGUUGAUUUGGCAAUUGUAGAGAUUUUGUUGCAGGGUGGGUCCUGUAAAAAAUAGGGGGUUAAAAAUUCAACUUGGGAGAGGAACCGUCUGAGGGUGUGGUCUUAUGAGAAUUGUGGAUUUGUUAAGAAGGGCAGGGCUUUGUAUAGGUGUGGUUUGGGCUUGGUCAAGCCUGGACUCUGAUUCCACAUCAGUGAAGCAGGACAAGGUAUCUGCUGUGGAGUCCAUCAUCUUUGUGGGAGAUGAAUUUAGUUUGACAAUGAGGUCUGUAAAUCUAGAUGCUUCCUUAAAAGCCAUCUUAUUGUUAAAAACAAAUUGCAAAGAACUCGCCGAGUCCAAGCAUGCUUGUGCUUCCAUUGUAUUUGUAAAUACUUCCGUAGCUCCAGCAAGCUAUGUCUGCGUUGUGCAUACUGUACAGUCGGUGUACAUAUUGAUAGUUUUGGAAUUUUUGCGCAAGUGCUUGGCGGUUUCUUUGGCUUGAAGGGAUCAUAGACUUGAGCGUCAGACCGUAUACACUGCGUAGAUUUUUGUUAUUGUACUCUGUGCCUAUUGAGCCAAAAGGACGAUAAAACUGACUGAAUGACAAACACUGUAAUUUAUAUUUUGUACACUCAUAUGCAAUAUUUCUACGACGAUAUGCAAUAUAUUUGUAAGGGGUUGUAAGAGUUUGAUAGAUUUGGUGUAGCUUUUAAUCACACUCAACAUUGGCUGAUUCGAGGCAUUUUAAUAUUUUGGUUCAAAGUUUCAGGUUUUUGGUUCUUGCCAGCACAUUUAGUUUGUUGGUAGUAACAACUUUAAUUUAAUCAUUGUAACAGUUGUCUGCUGUAAAACUGCAUUUUCCAUCAGCUUUUUUUUUUAGAGAUUCAGAAUACUUAUAACAAUUGUGUCCUUACCUUUCUUGUGCAGAUAAUUACGAGAAGCUGGCGUAAGAACAAAUUAAACAGUAAUUAACAAAUAUCUUUACUAUUUUUUUCUCUCGCUGUGGCAAGUACAGAAAUGAGAAAAUAUGCAGAGAAGGCACCUCAAAUCCCACUCCAACAGCAUAACUAGUAUUUAAGAGCAUAAGUUUCAUUUGCAAAGUUUGAUAUUCUCUAUGGUCACAUUACAGAAUGGUGGAGAAGUUUCACUCUAUAAAUGCUGCUAGAAAAUGAUAUUUUUUGCACGUGAAAGGCUCGCUGUGACUAAGGUCAUAAUUAUGCAACACCAGGAGGCGAUAGGAUUCCACAUGUGAAGCACCAGAUAUCCUGACAAACAGGGUUGUAUUUAACCUUCAGACCGUCCAAUGACUAAAGUGCCAUAAAGUCAAGGGUCAUCCAGGUUGCUCAAUGGCUUCAAUACAUGUGACGUGUCUACUGCUUGUACCCCAAAACAAAUUGGUGUCAUAACAGCGCUCUCCUUUGAUCACAAAUAUGGCCACUUCUUGUCAGUUAUGAGGGAUGGACAUGUAGCUUAUGUUUUCUUUGUACGGUUCGGUUCAAAAAGGGGUUGCACUGGCAGGUUUCUGCUGCUUGAGACCAUAGAGAAUCCUUUCUCUAUGAUGAGACUGAUGCAAACCUGGCUAACCUAAAUACUAAUAUGGACAAAGAUGCACUGUUUUACAUGUGCAGCGAUGGGCAAGUUCGAUAGUUAACCAUAGUUUGACUAAAUCUGAUCAAACACUGCUAGUUGACGAUUCAGGACCAGUUAUGCAGCUGGUUGCACCAUGAGUUAAAGCUGGUUAUCAAUAGCACUUUUUCAUAGCAAAGUGCAGAGGGACCAACUAUCAACAAAAAAUGGUGGAAAAACCAAGGCGAAGCCGAGGUAAAAUAGAAUGCUCCAUGGAUCACCGAGGGAGGCUAGUUUAACUACACCAUGAGAUAAAGCAGUUAAUAUUUGUUUUAUAACACCUCUCCCACAGAUUCUGCUUGAUUUUAAGCGAUAACUGAUAAAUUUAGUUUAAAUACAAUUAAAAUGUCCUUCUAUUUGAAUACGAAGGACAAUUUAUAUGCACUUUUCCAAACUACCCUUUCACAAAAUGUUUGAACCCAUCUCUGUAGUGCUAGCUCAUGCUAGCGCACACCCAAUGCAUUUGCACACGAUACCAGCUGUUAUGCGUAUGGCUGCUACGGGUAAAGUACUUUGGUUGCUACGGGUAUAGUACUUUUGGCUGUGGACAAUAAGAUAGCAAAAAUAGCUAAUGCCAUGUGACAUGUCUUGGCCAAUCAAGAUACAGAAUAUGUGGGUGAGGUGUUCUAAAAGAGUUUAUCCACUUCAAAUAGUGGCCUUCGUCUACUAUUCUUGCCAUGUCUCUAAAAGGCUAAUGGCAUCCGGGCUCACUUUUUGGCCUCCUACAUGCCAAGUAAAUUCUGUACCAAUGUAAUAAGCUGCAGAUUAUGUUUGCUUUUCAACAAUAGUUAAAACAUGUGGAACCUUCAAAGGAGGAAUUUUGUAGCUUUUUUUAUACUUUUGAUUUGGUGAAACAGUGUCCACUUUGAAAAAUACUUGAAAUGUCAUGUCACAUGUUAGAGUAAUGGGAUAUAGGUGCACUGUUACUGAGGUACUGUUUUACACCAGGGCCCAAUUUCAUAGCGCUGCUUAACAGCCGAUUUUGUGCCGACUGAGCGUCCAUCUAUUUCAUAGAGACUGUAAGCAGUGAGCGCAGCAAAAGCAUGCUUAACCCCAGAGGAAAAAGUUGCUUAAAUCAGUGACGUAACAAUAGAAAUCUUCAUGCACGUGCAACCAUUAGCAUGAAAUAGUGCUUAAGCAGCAGCAUGAUUUUCUGAUACAGUAAGCGCAACUUUUCUGCUAACUGCUAAGUAGCGCUGUGAAAUUGGACCAUUUGUCCAGUAUUGUAAAGGCAGCAUUUUGACAGUGUGUAUGGACUCCGUGCAGAUAAAGUACCACUGAUUAAUACUAGAGCCCAUUGGUUAAACGCUCGAGUUGUGUUAACUUCCGGUUCCAUUCGUGCUAAGUGUGCAUGGUUGAAUUGAGAUGACGUCACACGAACGAACCGGACAAGAGCUUCAGUGUGAGACACACUGUGCGUAUUACUUUUGAGCGCAUAUGACAUGGCGAAUAAACAAUUAAUUUUCAUCUUAAUGUGCGCAAAACUUGGAACAUGGUUAAAUAGCAUUCAGGUGUCUUAUAUCUCUCACCAUUGAGAGAGUAUACUUGUAUGUGCUCAGAGUCUGCACUAAAGUUUUUUAUGACGUGCAUAUAGGCCAAGUCUGGAUUGGUACUCUCUUGGCCUCGAGCCAAAAGGGCCAAAUGUGUAUUGAUUGGACAGCAUUAUGCAUUGUAUUGGAUAAUAUUUUUUUAACGCUUGCACUUCCCUGAACAUACCUGUGACGCAAUGAUGUCACGCUUUGUUUACAUGUGCACGUCCAUAUAUGGGAGAUUGAUGGCCCUCGUCCCCACCUCACUCCCAUAGGAAAGCACACAUGUGAAAUAAAGCAUGAUGUCAUUAUGUCUCGGGUCUAUUUGUCAAAAUUCAACCAUUUUUUUUCUUUCUAUAUUUUUACGGGUUUAGAUCUGUAAAAACAAAGCCUCCAUUUACUUCUAAGGGAGCUUGAUGUUCCCAUUUGGUUUGUGUACACAGACUGUGCCAUUUUGUUGCACCGUGUUGUAUUGGGGUUAAUUAUCAUUAUUACACCACACAGCUCAUAGUGUACAACCCAACUCACAAUGCCAACAUUUAUAUUCUCUCAGACUUAAACAAACAAAUGGGGGGAUCCAUUUGGAAAACGGAAGAUGUACUUAAAAAUUAGUAUUGUCUGAAAUUGUUUUGAACAGUUAGCUUUGAAUUUCCUGUAGGUAAAAGGCUUUGGUCAUACUCAUUUCAAACAUAUGUCCAUUUACAAGUGAAUUUUUUGAUGCUCUUCGACGGUGUUUUGAGGCAAAGGGGCAAACAAUACACCAGUCAAUCAUAUACGUAAUUUUGUAUUUUGUUUUGAAAAGAAAAAAAAUGUAAAAAAAGUUAAAUUGAAGACAGUAGUCUUAAUGGGUAUAUAUAUUUUUUCCCUUUCAACUUUCUGCUUGUAAUAUUUGUAUUUGUAGUCCACUUUUUGUAACUGUACUUAUUUUUCACUGUUACCAACUCUCCAGUAAAGUAGGCCAAUACUUGCAGAAAUUAUAACUAAACUUGAUGAUUAAUUUAAUAUAAUUCUGUAAUUAUUUUCACUGUAUUUAAUUAUUAGUACUCUCGGCCGACGCUGAAGCGUUUGGCCAGGUACAACGGGAAAUAGUGGU